GUCAAACAGGAUAACGUUAAUAAUAAUUUUGUUAUCUGUAGAAUCUUGUUAGAAUUUAUUAUUGUGAUAAUCCUCGCGCGUAUUAGAUAAGGGUCAUACGGUAUUAAUGAUCCAUUUGGAAACAUAAGAUUGAUAUAAAACCGCCGUGAAAAUGAGUGAAUACGGAAAAUUCGGACCUCUCGUCGGCGCCAUUGACGAGGGCACCUCUAGCGCAAGAUUUAUCAUUUUCAAAGCUAACUCUUCGGAAGUCGUUGCGUUGCAUCAAAAGUCAUUGGAUCAGCAUUUUCCUCAGGAAGGAUGGGUUGAACAAGAUCCUAUGGCCAUUCUUGAAGUUGUGACAACAUGCGUAGAAAAAGCAGUCGAGAAACUAGAAGCAAUGGGCGGAAGAGCUAAGGAUAUAUUAGCAGUGGGAGUGACAAAUCAGCGAGAGACUACGAUAGUAUGGGAUCGUAAUACUGGAAAACCACUGUACAAUGCUAUAGUGUGGCUUGACAUGAGAACAACAUCUACCAUAGAUAAACUCCUGGACACAGUGCCUAACAAGACUAGGAAUCAGAACUAUCUUAAGCCACUGUGUGGUUUACCACUGUCCCCAUACUUCAGUGCCGUGAAGCUGAGAUGGCUCAUUGAUAAUGUGGACUCAGUUAAGCAGGCUAUGAAGAAUGGCACAUGCUGCUUUGGUACUGUGGACACUUGGAUUAUUUGGAAUUUAACCGGCGGACCUAAUGGAGGAAAGCAUGUAACUGACGUUUCAAAUGCCUCAAGAACAAUGCUCAUGAACAUCGAAAACUUGAAGUGGGAUCCGUUGCUGCUGAAAUUUUUUGAAAUCACUAGUCCGGUCCUGCCAGAAAUUAAAUCCAGUUCAGAGGUAUAUGGUUACAUAUCUGACGGACCACUCAAGGACAUUCCAAUAUCGGGCUGCCUAGGCGAUCAGCAAGCCGCUUUAGUAGGUCAAAUGUGCCUACAGAGGGGUCAGGCGAAAGCUACGUAUGGCACAGGCUGUUUUGUGCUUUACAACACGGGUGACAUUCGAGUCAAUUCCAGUAGAGGUUUGCUGACUACUGUUGCUUUUCAGUUGGGUAGCAAAAACCCACCUGUUUAUGCACUAGAAGGUUCGGUUGCUAUAGCCGGCGCUGCGUUGGGAUGGUUGAAAGAUAAUAUAGGAUUGUUGGAUAGUGCCAAGGACUCGCAAGAACUUGCGGAGAACGCAUCUGAAAACGGCAGUGUUGUGUUUGUUCCUGCCUUUAGCGGGUUGUAUGCGCCCUAUUGGAGGCAGGAUGCUAGAGGGGUGAUCUGUGGCAUUACUGAGGACACAAAUUCGUCACACAUAAUCAAAGCAGCUCUAGAGGCUGUAUGUUACCAAGUCAGAGAUAUUUUGGACGCCAUGAACGAGGACUGUGGUAUACCUCUACAAUUACUGAAGGUGGACGGCGGUAUGACGUCAAAUUCACUGGUCAUGCAAAUGCAGGCUGAUUUAAUUGGCAUCAACGUUAUCAGAGCAGGCUUCACUGAGAGCACCGCCUUAGGCGCAGCGCAAGUCGCCUAUUGGGGAGUCGACGCUUCUAAACCGGUCACACCUAUACCUAUGACCGAUGGUACCAUUUAUGUUCCACGUAUCACAGAUGACGAACGUGAUAUGAGAUAUAAACAGUGGAAAAUGGCAGUUGAGAGGUCUUUAGGAUGGGACCAAAAUUAAUAUUAUAUUGGAAUUGAAAUUGAUAUUUUUGUGAUAAUUCAUUGUUCGUGUAAAAUUUUAUACAUUGUUGAACGUUAAUAUUGAUAAUAUAUUAGUUAAGUAUCGCCUUAUAGUGACUAGGUAUAUUUGCAAUAAUAUAAGUAAGUAAGCAGGUAAAGUUGAAAUGGAGUGAAAAUGGAUUAUAUUAUCAGUUAGGUAAUACAAAUAUGUAUAUUUAAGUAUCAUGCUGUAUGCAGGUAUUAGAUGUCUUAGGCGUCAAGUGCAAAUACACAAUACCUAGGAAUGAGAGGGCGAAGCUCCCUUUUCAUCUACAUGUGGGUAUAAUAUAUAGGUAAGUACCUAAAUCAUCCAUCCCAUCAAAUCAACGAAGUAAUUAUUAAAACAUAUUUUUUUCAUUGGCAAUAUUGAUAUACCUGUCAGAUACGAGUUAAGCAGGCUUUGUAAGGUCUUUUGGUCUAGUCCCGCAGUGAUGUCGUUAAAGUACUAAACUAAACGGUCUAACGAUACAUGUAACGUUGUACAAAAAACGCACUUUAAAUGGAAUAUUCAUUAAAAAAAGGGUUAUUAAAAUUACAUAUGCGCACAUUGAAAAUUUUAAACCGCGUGUAAUGUAGGGCCGGCGUAAAAUGGCCUUGGACUUUCAAUGACCUAAGUAAUAUAUUCGAAUUGCAUAUGUUUUAGUCGCCGUAGUUUAUGCAUCAAACUGUCUCCAAUUUAGAAUCGUCAAGUUAAUGAACUGUCUGAAAAAUAUUACUUAGGCGGUGUCACUCAUUUUCAACAACCUUUGCGAUAUACACCAGAAACCCUGCAUUAAAGGGUCUAGCAGCCAAAGAUUUAAUAAAGCUUAAUGAAAAAGGCUCAUAACAAAGCACAGGAUUUUUACACUAUGUGAUUUUCAUGAAUUUUCUUGUUCAUUAAAGCGCAACUUAUGACAAUUACAAUAUGUGCUUAAGAAUAAUAAUUAAUUGUUAUGCUCCAUGCAAGGUAAGUUGAACGGGCCCAUAGCCAUUAUCAGGGUAAUGGGAAGAGCAGAACAAGGCAUGGAUGUAAAAACAUUAAUGUAUUGUCUUGUCAACGUUCUGUCGUCGAAGUAAAAUUAAUGCGGACUGUAAAAUAGUCCUGAGAUUACUGCAGGCUGUAAAAUGAUAAGGUUUCUAACGAAAGAAAAGAGUAGUAGAUGUCCUCGUAACAGUAUUGGGUUGUUGACGUUUACACAAUAUGUUGAAAAUUAAAUUAAAAUAUCUAGAUGGAAUAAAUAGCAAAUGAAAAAAACAAGCAUAACUAAGUAGAGAAGGGAAAGUUACCAAAGUUUCGCAUACUUACAUAUUUUUAAAACCAUAUACAUGCUUAGUAGUUUUAUAAAUAAAUAGAUGCCAUUACAUUCCCGUCGAUAUAGUGAAAAUCCGAUACCCAAAAUUUUUUUUGGAGGCCUAAGAAGAUAGGUAUUAAGUGACCCAGCCUGUAUGCCGUUUCAGUUUGACAAACGGUGGGCCAAAUGGAUGGAAUUCCGUAUACGUUGAAUACGUAGAUAGAGGAUCAAAGGGUCACACAUCACACACAACAAAUUCUUUGUUUGUAUUUGAAUAGAGGGAACAUUAGAUGCUUAUUAGACCUACUUCUUCCUCUUGAGCGAUAAGAAAAUAUCUCUAGUUAUAGAUGAUUUUGCGAUGGCGCGCUCCACCCUUCUACAAUUACUUUAGGUACCAGGUACAUGUUGAGAAGGUGUUGAGCGCGCCUUCGUGGAUGACAAUAGUAUAGUCAGGGUUUAACGUAUGCGGAAUGAAAUUAUGCACAAUGUUUGUGUAACCUUAUAAAAUAAAAAAAAAUGUUUAAUAUAACGAUAAUGUUAUGUACUUUUUAAAACAAUCUACUAACAAAUUUUAAAGUAAAAAGUAAUUUGGCCCCAUGCGUGCUGCUUUUCGUCAAUUUGUUGGCAGUUUAUCCAUGGCUGUUGUGUAAGUCGAUGUUGGCGUUUUGUUUAAUUCUAAUUAAAUUUAUCGAAUUAAGAAUAAGAAUAUUAUUUAUUUGAAAAAAAUAAUAAUUAGAGCCUGUAUCCAGCCAUAUUUUACUGAUUCUUCAGUUGGGUCAUUGGCGUUCUGGAAAUAAAAGUUACCCUGUGCCAUUCGUUGCCGUCUAAGGUGAAUCCAUAUCCAUAAUGCAUUCUACGUCGUUUUUUGCAUAGAAUAUGUUUUUGACCAAAGUUGUAAGUCUGUUCUUCUGGGUAAGUUUUUGGUUUUUCGUACAUGGUGGGUUUUACUUUUCUUGCUUGUUUCGCAAUGCCCAUAUCAUGUAGUAGAUACUUUUUCACUGUUUUGCCAUCACAGUUAAAUUUUUUUCCGAGGUCUCUUGUAGGAUUUAGCUACCCAACCUGCCGUAUUUGUUUUCACACAAGAACAUACUUUGCCCGAACCUGGUUUUCUAGUAGUCGUAUGUCGAAGAGAAUAGGAUGAUAAUAUAUUAUAAACCGGCCUUCGGCUCUCCACCUUUUCUGUAAAAUGUUUAACAAUCCUCGACUUCGGGCAAUCUGGAUGUGACGCGAAAAUCACACGGUUUUUCGACGCUUUUCUUCGAGAUUUGCCAUAGUUUUUUACACAAAUCCUACAAGCGAAUGAUUUGUACAACACUUUGACAGAUAAUACAGAAAACAAAAGAUAAUAUCAACUUUUAAAUAUCGAAUCAUUUACUCUUAAAAUUUUGUAUAAAAACUUUGUGAAAAUUUCAUUCCGCAUACGUUACAUACUUUUAAUUGAAAUCAAAAUCGUCAUCGGGUAUGAUAGAUAAAGCAGUGCCAAGACGCGUAGUUUUAAAUAAGCUGAAUAUGAUGACACUAUAAGUAUAGUCCAUUCAAUUUUGAUUAUUGUUUCGCUCACUGUUGCCCUCAAAUUGUCAGGCUGAGACAAAACGUAUCACACAGUACUGCGCCAUCUACUUAAUUAUCUAAUUAGCAGCUACAAUUUGUUCGUAAAGUGUCAUUCUAUGGAACUUGCUAACUAUGUAAACAAAAGUCACUAGUAAAUUGACAUUCAGAGACAAUUUUAAUAUGGCGGUUUGUUUCAAGUUUCAAGUUCCAUAGAAUGACACUUUAGUGCUAAACGCGUCUUAGUAUUUUUUGUCUACAAGUAUGUUUUAAUGAUGCACUAUAUUGAGUUUUCAAUAUCUUGUUACGAUUAAUAAGAUUGUUUAUAUUUAAUUUAUAGAACAAUUUAUUUUAUUAGACGCAUAUUGUCAGUUUACCACACCUACAAUUUAUUUAGGUCAUUCGUUAUUUUUAUUAUUAAAAAUAUAUUUUUGACUAUAA